GCCAGCAGCCCUGUGACAUCCUAUCGGGACUGUACAGCAAUGGAGCCGUCUGUUUCUAACUUAGAAAUAUGCAAUUUGGCAUACCAAGGGAAGUUUGACAGCCUGAAAAGUAAAAUUUUGUCUAAUAAGUCACUCGCUAACAAAACAGAUCAGGACCAUCGGACAGUUCUGCACUGGGCUUGUUCAGCUGGACACACAGAUAUUGUAGAAUUUAUAUUAGGUUUAAAUGUAGAAAUUGAUCUAAAAGAUGAUGCAUCUUGGGCGCCCCUGCAUAUUGCAGCUUCUGCUGGAAGAGAGGAAAUCGUGAGGGCUUUGAUCAGUAGAGGAGCACAGCUGAACAUUAUAAAUCAAAAUGGCUGCACACCACUACAUUACGCAGCUUCAAAAGACAGAUACGAGAUAGCUCUUAUGUUGCUGGAAAAUGGAGCUGACCCAAAUGCUACGGACAAGUUCGAGUCCACUCCCUUGCACCGAGCUGCAGCCAAGGGAAACUUUCGGCUGAUCCAACUUCUUUUAAAACAUGGUGCUUCAACCAAUAUCCAGGAUUCUGAAGGAAAUACACCUUUACAUCUUGCUUGUGAUGAAGAGAGAGGUGAAGCUGCCAAGCUGCUGGUGGAACAUGGGUCAAGUAUUUAUAUAGAAAACAAGGAGGAAAAAACCCCUUUGCAGAUAGCCAAAGGUGGGCUAGGCCCUCUACUGAGAAGAAUUGUGGAAGGUUGAUGUAAAAUGUUUGUCACCACACUGUUUUCAUCAGAAAAAAGAAGACUGGAAUACAUUUGCAGUUGACGUUUUUGCUAGUCUGAAGCAUUCUCACUCUAUAAAAAUUAUUGGUUGUAAAUACCAAUUGCCAAGUAAGUCAACUGUAUUAACACAGUCAUUUGUUUUAUUUAAAUUGUAUUGGCUGACAUUAUGGAUUAUAGUUGUGUUUUUCAUCA